AUGACUCGCUCUUCUACAAAAGAGUUGGCGAAUUACGAUUCAGAAAUUGAAAAAACUCUUCGAUUGCGCAGGAAAGAACAAACAUCAUCUCCUCAAAGUAUAACUUGUGAAGAAAUGGAGAAUGAAGAGCUUAAUAAUAACCAACUUCCACCACAUCAAGUGGAAGAACAGCUCGAUGAGGUGGCUCCACGACAUGAUAGAAUACUCAGAGAUUAUGCAAGGCCGGAUCAUUUUGAAGGAGAAUCAAGUGUGAGGAGAUCACCAAUUGCAGCAAACAACUUUGAAAUUCGCAUAGGCUUGAUUCAAACCAUUCAACAGUCAUGUCAGUUUGCUGGUGUUGCGAGUGAAGCUCCUCACACCCAUCUAAUUGAUUUUCUUGAAUUAGUUGAAACUUGCAGGUAUAAUGGAGUCACAACAGACGCUAUCAGGUUAUGGCUUUUUCCUUUUUCAUUAAAAGGUGAAGCAAAAACAUGGUUGCGAAGUCUGCCAAGAGCAGGAGUCAAUCAAGUGGAAGCUUGGAAUUCAUUAGCGCAACAAAUUGCAACUCUGACACAAAAAGUUGAGGCCUUUCAGGUAAAUAAUCAAUCAUCAUCUCAACUUGAGAAUUGUGACGUUUGUGGAGGUAAUCAUCCCAAUCAUGAGUGUCAAGCUUCAACACAAAAUGAGGAACAGGUAAAUAUGAUUGGUUAUAGAAAUAAUUACUCAUUUGGUAGUCCCAUGACACAAAAACAUCCAGGAUUUCAGUGGAGUAAUCCUAAUGGUGCUGAAAAUCCUCAAAGAUUUUUUAAUCAAAAGCAGCAGGCUACUGACGAGAAGGUUGAAAGUCAACAUUCAGCUAUCAAGAAUUUGGAAAUUCAGGUAAGCCAAUUAGCAACCCUCAUGUCUGGGCAAAUAAAAGGUUCUUUACCAAGUAACACCGAGAAAAAUCCAAAGGAACACUUCAAAGCCAUCUCUCUACAGUCAGGUAAAACUCUUGAUGAUCCAUAUGCAGAUAGACAAGGAAAUCCACAAGAAGUUGAACAGGUAAAUGAAAGUAAGAAUAAAAGAGACUCUGAACUUCUAAAAGAACAAAAAGAUAAAGGAAAAAGGGUACAAGAAAAUGAAUUGAUGACAAAUCCUUACUCUGUACCCCUCCCAUUUCCCCAAAAGCUAAAAAGAGAAAAGCUUGACAAACAGUUCUCAAAGUUUCUAGAAAUUUUAAAACAGCUUUACAUUAACAUACCUUUUACAUAUGCUUUGAAGCAAAUGCCGGCAUAUGCUAAAUUUCUUAAAGAAAUUUUGUCAAGUAAAAGAAAACUGGAAGAAGUUUCAGUAAUUAUGCUUACAGAAAAAUGUAGUGUUAUACUUCAAAAUAAGCUUCCACAGAAAAAGCAUAACUUUGAAAAAGCAUUAUGUGAUUCAGGUGCUUCAAUAAAUCUAAUGCCUUUUUCAAUUUUCAGAAAAUUAGAACUUGGUGAAAUGAGGGACACUGGUGUGUCUCUACAAUUGGCUGAUCAAAGUACUUAA